AUGGCCAGUCUACCACAAAAAGUCGCAUUCUUCCACCUUGAUCUUGGCAUUGGGGGCGCCGAGCAGCUUGUUUUGGAGACAGCUCUCCACACACAUGCCAUCCUGCAAAAUUCACGAUGUCGUUCACACAGAGUUGAUUUCUUCACGUCCCAUCUGGACAAACAUAGAUGUCUGCAUGCAGCAAAAGACCCAAGGCUAAAUAUAAUAGUCUUCGGGUCCUUCCUUCCGCAAUCCAUCUUGGGGCGUUUCCGCAUUGUCUGUUCGGUCUUGCGGAUGCUGUACGUAGUACUUGCCGCCAUAGUUACAGGCCAUGUGGGAUACGAUAUUGCUUUCAACGACCAAGUGGCCGCUAUCAACCCCCUUCUCUACCUAAUCGCAAUGUGUAGUGCGUUUCUAGUCAAUUCCCAGUUCACCUCAGAAGCCUAUUGCAAGACAUUUCCGUCGCUGAAAAAAGUUAGGCCGUGCGUGCUGUAUCCCCCGAUUAGUGCAAAUCUCGAAGAGCUCAACUUACUUCCAAUUGCUACCACUUCCGAUCAAUUCUCUAGCAACCAGGCUGCACUGCGCCAUGUCUUACCUCCUGUGUUGACAAAUCUUGCUGUGAAUUGCUUUAGAUUCGAUCUCUCUCGGCCAUUCGCUCUGUCCUUAAACCGGUUCGAGGCCAAGAAGAAUAUUGAGUUGGCCAUAGAAGCUGUGUCCAGACUGCCGCAGAAUCUUGAAUGCAACUUGAUCGUGGCUGGUGGCUUUGAUGUUCGCCUUCCCGAAUGUUCGACGUAUUUCCAUCAGCUUGUGGGUUUAUCGAAGCAGCGUAAUUUUUGUGUCCUGGGCAGCAAUAGAGAUGCCAGUACAACCAUCCAAGAAGGUGCGAGCAGGCGUUACGUCCUCUUUCUCAAGAACAUUCCGUGCGAGGCUAUGUUCGUCGGAUGCCUUCCUGUGGCUUGUAACAGUGGCGGGCCCAAAGAAACCAUUGUACACGGAGAAACUGGAUUCCUCUGUGAACCAAAUGCAGAAUCAUUUUCUGCUGCGCUUGAACAUAUUUUGUCGCUGUCACUGGACGGUUCCGACGAGCUUGCCGCCCUACGCGCCAAGGCUCAACAUCAUGCUGAGACUUUUUUUUCUCCAGGUGUCUUUCGCCGUUCCCUGCAAGCCAUUUUAAAGAAAGUUGCGAAGCCUUCGGACAAAAACUGGAUGCAGGACCCUCCACGGCAACGGAAAAUGGUCAAUCGACUUACGCAUUGCCAACUCAGUGGCAAGCUAGAACCAAUCGCUCAGUGA